AUGCGGGUCCACGAUCCAGGUGGGGGCCAGGCGCUAGGAUUCGCCCCCGGCCUCCCCGGGUCACAGGGACCCAGGCGCUCUUCCACCUCCCAGGCGCCCCCGCGGCCUUCCCAGGCGCUCUUCUGCCUCCCAGUGAUCGCCGCCCGCGGCGUGGCCGACGACGUCCAGCGCUUCUCCCCGCCGCCCGAGCUGCCCGUGAGCUUCCGCGUGCUGGGCGCCGACGCCGCCUUCCUGCUGACGGCGCGGGAGCCCGCGGCGCCCCGCAACCGCAGCCUGCGCGCGCGGGCCCAGGCCUUCUUCGCCUUCCGAGCGCCGCGGCCGCCGCGCCUGCACGCCAGCUACGGGCCCUUCUCCGUGGAGCGGCCCGUGCCCGCCGCCGAGCGCGCGCCGGGCUCGCCGUGGGAGCUGCGCGCCCGCGUCCUGCGGGAGCGCCUGUCGCCGAGCCGGCCGCGCGUGCAGGUGCUGUUCCACGUGGCGGGCCGGGCGUGGGCCGAGCCCGCGGCCGCCGAGCGGCUGCCGUGCCUGCGGCUCUGGGCCUUCCGCGACGCCCGCGAGGUGCGGGCCGGCUGCCGGCCGGCGGGCGCGCUGGGGCUGUGCGUGGCGCAGCUGGAGCUGCCGCCCGCCUGGUUCGGGCCCGCGCCCGGCGGCGCCGUGGAGCUCUACUACGCCGCGCAGCCGGCCGACGAGCGCGGCGCCUGCGCCGGCGGCGACCCCGGGAAGGCCAACGCCAUCCGCCCGGGCAAGGACGGCGCCGCGGCGAGGCCGCCGCACCUGCGGAGGAUCGGCGCCGUGGGCCUGCACCGCGCGCGGGAGGGCGCCGCGCUCAGCGAGCUGCGCCUGGACGCCGAUGUGGUCGUCCGCCUGCCCUCGGGGCCAGCCAAGCCCGGGGCCGUGGUCGCCGCGCACGUCGCCGUCGCCAGCGACUCCACUGUGGACUUCUUCGUGCUCAGAGCCAAGGUGAAGAAGGGGGUGCGGAUCCUGAGCGCCCAGCCCAGCGAGCCCCGGCACUGGGCCGUGAAGCAGGAGGUGGGCAACGGCGGGAAGCAUGCCACUGCCACCGUGUCCUGCCAGCGCCUGGCACAGGCAGCGCGCAACAGAAGCAGCAGUCCCUUCAGCGAGGUCGCGCAGCUCAACUUUGAAAUCACCAGCUUCAGCAGCCUGUCGGGCACCCAGCCCAUCACCUGGCAGCUGGAGUACCCGGGCCGAGCGCCCACCGACGUCGCCGUCUCGGAGAUCUUCGUCAGCCAGAAGGACCUGGCUGGCAUCGUCCCCUUGGCCAUGGACACGGAGAUCCUGAACACGGCCAUGCUCACGGGGAAGACGGUCACCUUGCCCGUCAGGGUGGUGUCCGUGGAGGAGAGCGGAGCCGUGAGCGACAUCUCGGAGUUGGUGGAGUGCGUGUCCACGGACGAGGACGUCAUCAAGGUGUCUGACCACUGUGACUACGUCUUCGUCAACGGCAGAGAGAUCAGAGGGCAGGUGGAUGCGGCAGUGAACUUCACCUACCAGCACCUGAGUGCGCCUCUGCUCGUGACCGUGUGGGCGCCCCGGCUGCCCCUGCAGAUCCAGGUCUCCGACACAGAGCUGAGCCAGAUCAAGGGCUGGAGGGUGCCCAUCGUGGCCAGCAAGAGGCCCACGCAGGACAGCGAGGAGGAGGAGGAGGAGGAGGAGCGGCGGGGCCGGGGCUGCGCCCUGCAGUUCCAGCGCGCCACCGUGCGCGUCCUCACAGAGUUCGUGUCCCAGGGGGCCGGGCCCUGGGGCCAGCCGAGCCACCUGCUUGGUCCCGACUGGCAGUUCGACAUCACCCACCUGGUGGCGGACUUCAUGAAGCUGGAGGAGCCUCACGUGGCCACACUGCAGGCCGGCAGGGUCCUGGUCGGGCGGGAGGUCGGGAUGACGACCAUCCAGGUGUUGUCCCCACUGUCUGACUCCAUCCUGGCCGAGAAGACGGUGACCGUGUUAGAUGACAAAGUGUCGGUGACAGACUUGGCCAUCCAGCUCGUGGCUGGGCUGUCAGCCACCCUGCACCCCGACGCGGAGGAUGGCCAGGCCAUCACAGCUGUGGCCACAGCCGAGGAGCUGCUGCGGACCCCCAAACAGGAGGCCGUGGUCAGCACGUGGCUGCAGUUCAGCGACGGCUCGGCAACGCCCGUGGACAUCUACGACGCCAAGGACUUCUCCCUGACCGCCACCUCCCUGGAUGAGACCAUCGUGUCAGUCGCCCAGGCCCGCUCUCCCAGGUGGCCCGUGGUGGUGGCCGAGGGGGAGGGCGAGGGGCCGCUGGUCCGAGUGGACCUGGCCAUUGCAGAGGCCUGCCAGAAGUCCAAGCGCAAGAGUGUCCUGGCUGUGGGCUUCGGCAACGUCAGGGUCAAGUUCGGACAGAGCGACGCCGACUCCAGCCCCGUGGAGGACCGCGGCGGUGAGGAAGAGAUCAAGAACCAAGCCAGUGGCCGCAGGCAGAAGGCUCAGGGCCAGGACGGGCGCCUCCACGGCAGCUCCUCCCUAGAGCGGGAGGAGGGGGCUCUCUGGAGAGUCCCCGCCACGGCCAAGUCGCCCGUGGGCAACAGGGCGGGGAAGAGCAGCCGGCUGGACGGGGAGGCGCAGCCACAGAACAUCCCCCUGGACUUCACCCGCUUCCCGGCCCAGGGGGAGCCGCCCAGGGCGGGGGCCGGGCUGGAGGGGGGCGACCUGGUGCAGAGGCCCCGCGGCCUGAGCGACCUGGAGAUCGGCAUGUACGCGCUGCUGGGCGUCUUCUGCCUGGCCAUCAUCGUCUUCCUCGUCAACUGUGCCACCUUUGCCCUCAGGUACAGGCACAAGCAGGUGCCCGUGGAAGGGCAGGCCUCCGUGCCGCACUCGCACGACUGGGUGUGGCUGGGCAAUGAGGCAGAGCUCCUGGAGAACACGGGCGAGGGGUCCACGCCACAGCACGAGCGCACCACCGUCAUCGACUGUGGGCUAGGGGGCCACGAGGAGAGCAGCCACCUCCCGCUCACCGGGGGCUCGCAGAAGCACGUGCAGAGCCAGGUCCACAGGCCGCCCGCCCCGGGGGCCGGGCAGGAGCCUCCGCACUCGCCCACCUCCAGGAGGAAGAAGGUGCAGUUCAGCACCUUCACCGCCAUCCCACCGGACGACGGCUGCCCCACGGUCGACUCCAUCGGCGGCGGCCACGGGGAAGACAUCAAGUGGGUGUGCCCAGACAUGGUGGUGGGUGGCCCCAGGGACCCGGGGGACUGCCUGGAGAAGCUCAAAGCUAAGGCCUAG